AUGUGUACCGUGCCAGGCCAAAGACUGUACAUCGCGCAGUCCGGCUCUGACUUCUACCUCUGGAAACAGCCAGAAGAUGAAUGCUACAAGAUUGAAGGCGUGAAAUCAAGAAAAGUCCUCAUUAAGGCUAUCAAGCAGACCGGUGUUGAAGGACUCUCUCUUAAACAACUUAAGUCGUUAGAGCUCAGCAUCUGUGGCGGUCAGGAGCCUCCGACUCCGUGGCCUUUUAAUGAAAUGUAG